AAAAAAAUAGAUAGGUACCUAGGUAAAAAUAUAAAAAAUUACUAACCUGUCCUGUGUCCUGUGUAAAUGUCCUGAUAGGUGCUAGAAAUCCAAAUUUUGCACGCACACACGUCGUUUUUUUAAUCAAAAAUUGCGACUGUCCCCACUGGCACAGUUUCUCGUGCACCCGAGCACAAAUUCUACUAGAACCUAUGGAAGCCAUCUCCAAGACUAUUGUGACUUGACAAUCGAGGAAUCGGCUCGCCGCAUAUCACCUUUCCAACCAACGUCUCGCGGGGCCGCGAUCUGCCAGUACCCCCAGUCCCCACGAACAGCUGAUUAGCGUCUUGAUAGCUCCUUCCUUCCCUUCAAUCCCUUCUUCCUUCUCAGUUCUUUCUAACCUCCAAACUUUGUCAUCAAAUCGAAAUGUCUGUUUCGCUUUUAACGCGUGUGAAUUUCGUAGUUAAUAGGCUCAAACAAUCAUUGAUCAAUACAUUUGGGCACAGAUAUCCACCAGACGGACUUUGUCUUGCUGGGAUAGAAAUCAAUCAUUUACCACAAAACGCCCCCAGCAGUCCGAAAUGGUCUUUGAAGGAAAUAAUCUCGGAAGGUUUCCUCUGGGCUGUUCCAAAACAUAGAAGAUCCAUAGAGAAGAGAAUGAAAAGGAAGUAUGGUUCCCCAGAGUAUGUUCUCAAAAUAUUAACUCCCAGAACAGACUUGAAGACAUGUAACGUUUGUGGGGACGACCACGAAGCUGGAGUUUUAUGCCCAACUUGCUAUAAAAGAGUCAUAGAAGAAACCAAAGCUAUGCAAGAAGCAAUACAGAGUGAGUUGAAAUUGGAGCCAGUGGAGAAGGAAGUGGUGGUACUCUAUGAAGGUGAAAAGAAUAACAAACCUGAAGAGUUCUUUGAAGGAAAGAGGAUAGUGGAGAUGCAAAAGCAGAGACCAGCAUGGUUUAGUAAGAAUUUGUUACAGCAGACCACACAAAAAGGUGCAACUACCACUGAAGUCAAACCUACUGAUCUAGGAUAAAAAAAUCAUCAUUAUUAUUAUCAUGGAGUGAAGAAAAAUGUUGUAGUUCUCACUGUACUCUGUGAAGGUAUUUGUACCAUACAAGUAUACAUGCUAACCAUUGGCAAACAGAAGUGAAAACAUCAAUAAAUGUAUAAUUUAUAUGCUGUAUAUCAUAUUAUUAUUCAUGC